CGUGGCUUGAAGCAGCUUCUGGGGCAGCCUACUAGCCGGCCACUGAGCUACUUCGCUGCUCCUGAGCACGCUACACGUUACCUUCCAACUCAUCGAAGAACAAGCAUAUAGAUAGUUCCAUAGGCCACGCGCAAUAGGAAGAAUGGCGGGCUCGUCGUGGUCGUCCUCGUCCUUCACGUCGUCGUUCGGGUCCCUUGACGACGAUGUCGUCUGCGUCGUCAAGCCGGACGCCGUGGCCGUCGCUAAGGGAAGCGUCAAGUUCCUGUGCAGCUAUGGCGGCAGGAUCCUCCCCCGCCACAGCGACGGUGCGCUGCGCUACGUCGGCGGCGACAACCGCGUCCUCUCCAUCGACCGUUCCCUCCAUUUUUACGAGCUGCAACGGAAGCUGAGGGAGAUGUGUGGCGUGGAGGUGAGCCUGCGGUGCCAGCUGCCGACGGAGGACCUGGACGCUCUCGUCUCCGUGACGAGCGACGACGACCUCGCCAACCUGCUGGAGGAGUACGAUGCGGCCGGCAAGGACCGCCUCCAGCCGGUCAAGAUCCGGGCGUUUCUGUUCCCGAGGACGCCGGCACCGUCCCUGCCGCACAGCAGCCCGCCGCCCACCCCGCGGUCCGUGUCCAGGCAGUCACCAAACGUUCACCUCCACCGGCAAAACACUUUUCCAGCCGCUGCAACCCGCGUCUCGCCGUCGUGCGCGCCGCAGUGGUGGGCAGCGCCCCAGGCCUCCCGUCCGGCGCGGGCCACCACCGCGCACCAGCCGCAGGCGCGGCCGCACCGAUACCUCGUCCACAACGGCAGCCACUGGCAAUAACAAACCAAUUAGCUCCUUGCGACCAUGGGAAACGGAGCGUAUGAGAGGGCGCCGCGUCACGCGUAUGUACGCAACGUGUGACAUGUACAAGCGCCGUGGCGUGCAUGUGUACGUAUCCUGUACUCGCUUCGAUUUGCAACACGAAAUGAAGGAAGUGGGCAGA